UUUGUUCCACACAGUUCCACACCACACAAAACAUUCUACGCAUGCGCUUUGUGUCGUCAUAAGGCAGCCUGCCACUUGCCCAGUUGUCAAAGGCGAAUCUUCAUGCAUUUACGAGUGCUACAUUCCUCCCAGUAGUUUAUUCCAAUUAGAUCAAAGAGUCAAGGAAAGGAAGAACAUCACUAUGACUGGAAAAUCGAAGGCAUUCACGAAAGAAGAGGAACUCUUGCUUCAAGAUUUCUCGAGAAAUGUUUCGACGAAAUCUUCAGCGUUGUUUUAUGGCAAUGCUUUAAUCGUUUCAGCAAUUCCCAUCUGGCUCUUCUGGCGGAUACACCUCAUUGAUCUGUACGCCAACUUGAUUUCCUUUGUUCUGAUAACACUGUUGAGUACUUACGCUCUUUCCAAAGCUUACAAGAACACAAAGUUCAUCUUGAAGCACAAGAUUGCGGUAAAGCGGGAAGAUGCAGUCACGCGAGAAAUGAGUCGAAAGUUGGCCGAAGACAAGAAAAUGAGCAAGAAAGAAAAGGACGAGAGAAUUCUAUGGAAGAAGAACGAGGUGGCAGAUUAUGAAGCUACAACUUUCUCUAUCUUCUACAACAAUGCUCUCUUCUUAGCUCUCGUCAUUCUGUCGUCAUUUUAUAUCCUCAAAACUUUGACACCUGCUUUCAAUUACGUAUUCUCUGUAGGAGCGACGAGCGUUUUAUUAGCUCUCUUAUCUACUGGAUCCCAGUGAGAUUUUUCUACAAAUCUGUAGUUGUUCAUCGUAAGACUUACAUUCGUAAAUAAAUUUAUAUUUAUACUACA